GGAGGUUCUCCUUAACAGAGAAACGGUGCGAGAGACGCGUCACCAGGCGUCCACGGCGUUGCUCUCGUUCAUUCUUGAUCCAGUGAUCGGCUUCGGUGUAUCGUUGUCCGCGGGGAUCGAUCGUGCCCGUAGGAUCGUUCGAUCGAUCAGUUUUUUCGAGUGUCGAUCGCCCCGUCGUGGUGGAUCGUCGAGAUCUGACGGAUUCCGGAGCCAGAAGCGUUCGUGAAAACUAGACACUCUGGCACUGGGAGAUACACCGAGUUAGAUGGAACAUAAUGCACAUGGCUUAGGCUCGGUCGACAAAGUUUAAACGAGGGAAGGAGAAAAAAUGGCUCAAAUAAAUUCUUAUCAGGCGAUCCUUGCAGUAUUGUUAUUCGUAUUAACUAUUGUUUCAAAUGCUGCGGAUCUGCAAUAUCCCAGACAAAGAAUUCCUGUCAGAGGAUCGGUCCAGAGAGGAGAUAUGUCACCCACGGAGGUGGCGGCAGAGCGCCAUAAUUGGCCAAGGCAGACUGUUCCUAGUCCAAGAGGCUCGCACGCGAAGAAGAAGCAUCCCUGCGAGCAGAGUUCCUGUUACCCCGCGACGGGAAACCUGUUGAUCGGUCGUAAACAUCGAUUGGAAGCGUCGUCCACUUGCGGUCUUCACGGUCCCGAAAGAUACUGCAUCGUUUCGCAUCUGAAAGAUCGAAAGAAGUGCUUCUUCUGCGAUGCAUCGUUACCGAAACAACGACACAACAUCGAGAACAUCGGCAGCACGGGCUGGUGGCAAGCGGAAAAUGGCGUCGAGAACGUCUCGAUACGUUUCAAUCUCGAGGCGGAGUUUCACUUCACUCACAUCAUCAUCCGUUUCAAAACGUUCCGACCCGCGGCGAUGCUGAUCGAGAGAUCCUACGAUUUCGGAAAGACCUGGAAAGUGUAUCGAUACUUCGCCCAUAAUUGCGACCAGUACUUCCCUGGCGUCUCCAUCAAUCCACCCCAGAGACUCACCGAAGUUAUCUGCGAAACGCGAUACUCUGCCGUGGCGCCAUCGUCAGAAGGUGACGUUAUCUUUAGAGUGCUGCCUCGAAACUUGGAGAUCGAUAAUCCCUAUUCAAAGGAAGUACAAAACCUGUUGAAAAUGACGAAUCUUCGUAUCAACAUGACCAGAUUGCACACUUUGGGCGACGAUCUCCUUGACGAUCGAGCGGAAAUUCGCGAGAAAUACUAUUAUGCUAUUUCGAACAUGGUUAUUCGUGGAUCGUGCUCUUGUUAUGGCCACGCGUCCAGGUGUCUUCCUUUACCUGGUGUCCAGAACGAGGAGGACAUGGUGCAUGGUAGGUGCGAGUGCACCCACAACACCACGGGGCUCAACUGUGAGAAAUGUCAGGAUUUCUAUAACGAUCUACCGUGGAAGCCAGCCGUUGGCAAACAGACGAACGCUUGCAGGCCGUGCAAUUGCAAUAAUCAUUCCACCUCGUGUCACUUCGACGAAACCGUUUACGAGAGAUCAGGAAGAGUCUCGGGCGGAGUCUGCGACGACUGUCGUCACAAUACUCGCGGUCAGAACUGCGAACAAUGCAAACCGUUUUAUUAUCACGACGUCACGAAGGACAUAUCGCACCCCGAGGCUUGUCUGUCCUGCGAUUGUGAUCUCUCUGGCUCGUUGGACGACGGGAUCUGCGACUCCAGAACCGAUCCCCUCAGCGGAGACGAGUCUGGUCGUUGCCACUGCAAAACGAACGUGGAAGGUCGUCGCUGCGAUCGUUGCAAAAAUGGCUACUGGAACUUCGACCCAGAAAAUCCGGAGGGUUGUCAAGCUUGUACCUGCAAUAUCUUGGGCACCAUCGACAAUCGCGGAUGCAACAUGGUCACUGGCGAGUGCACCUGCAAACGUUUUGUUACUGCUCGCGACUGCAACCAAUGUAUUCCGGAAUAUUGGGGCUUGUCGGAGGAUCCAGACGGUUGCAAGCCGUGCGACUGCGAUCCAGGCGGCUCUUACGAGAAUUCUUGCGACGUCAUAUCCGGCCAAUGUCGCUGCAGGCCCCACAUCAGCGGCAGAACCUGCAAUCAACCUGAGCAGAGUUACUACACCGGGUCUCUGGACUUCCUGAUCUACGAGGGCGAGUUAUCGAGGGCUACAGACAACUGCCAAGUGGUGAUCAGAGAACCAUACCGCGAUGGCAGAAACAGUACUUGGACCGGAACAGGAUUCAUGAAGGCGUUGGAGGAUUCGAUGCUGAAUUUCACGAUCGACGAUAUACGUAAAACUUUGUUUUACGAUGUGAUCAUACGUUACGAGCCCGUUCAGCCUGGGGUCUGGGAAAACGUUCAAAUAUUCAUCGAGAGGAACGAUCCAGUGGAUCCUAGCGGUCCUUGCGGCGACUGGAGACCGGAUGACGACACGUUGUGGGCACAGUUACCAGUACGAUCCAGGAGCGUCGUCGCGGAACCCUCCAUAUGCUUAGAAGAAGGGAAACGAUACAAUCUCCUGUUGCAAUUCCGUAAAUUCCAAGGCCACACGGAGACACCUUCGGCUUCCAUUUUAGUCGACUCCAUCGUUUUAAGACCGAGAAUAGACGACAUACCAUUCUUCAAGUCAUCCGGUAUCGGUGAACUCCGUCGUCAAGAAUACGAAGCGUAUCACUGCAGUGAAUUCUUCAACGACAUCGCUACCGUGUGGACCAACGUUCCCGAGGUCUGCAAAAAGUACCAGAAUAGCAUUGGUUAUUUCGUGUACGACGGCGCCCAUUCUUGCGAGUGCAACGAAACCGGAUCUCACAGUUUGCUUUGCGAGAACUAUGGGGGCACGUGUCCCUGCAAACCGAACGUCGUAGGCAGGCGAUGCGAUCGCUGCGCGCCGGGAACUUACGGUUUCGAUCCGGAAGGUUGCAUUUCGUGCGACUGCGAUGGCGUAGGAGCUCUGGACAAUUUUUGCGACGUGGAGACCGGUCGGUGCAAGUGUCGACCGAAUACCUACGGUAGAACUUGCGGACAAUGCGAGCCUGGAUUCUGGAAUUUCCCACAUUGCCAACGGUGCGAGUGCAACGGCCACGCCGAAAGCUGCGACUCGAAAACCGGAGCGUGCAUCAACUGUCGUGAUUAUACGACCGGCCACAACUGCGAUCGAUGUAUCGACACGUACUAUGGCGAUCCUAGACUCGGAGUGGACAUACCUUGCAGAGCCUGUCCUUGUCCAGGAACCUUGGAUUCCGGCCAUUCUUACGCCGAGAGUUGUUCCCUGGACUCGAUGACCCACGACGUGAUCUGCGAGUGUUACGACGGUUACACCGGCCCCCGUUGCGAAGCCUGCGCGGAGAACUACUUCGGGAAUCCCGAGGUUCCCGGCGGCAGCUGCGAACCCUGCAAUUGCAACAACAAUACGGACCUCCGUCGACCUGGGAACUGCGAUCCCAACACUGGUCGUUGCUUGCAAUGUCUGCACAACACAGACGGAGCGAAUUGUCAGAUUUGCAAGGCCGGCUUCUACGGCAAUGCGCUCGAACAGGAUUGCCAAGUAUGCGGUUGUGAUCCUUUGGGGACCGACAGCAACGCUGGUGGUCCUUGCAACCACCGAACCGGCCAGUGUCCUUGUCUGCCCCACGUUAUCGGUCAACUGUGCGAUUCCUGCGAGGAAAACCAUUGGAGGAUCGCCAGUGGCCAAGGUUGCGACCCUUGCGAGUGCGACGCCGUUGGAAGCGUCUCCGAUAGAUGCAAUCCUUUCGACGGCACCUGCGAGUGCAGAUCCGGUUUCGGCGGAAGGCAGUGCAAGGAAUGCCAGACGAACUACUGGGGCAACCCGAACGUCGAAUGUUACGCUUGCGACUGCGAUCUGUCCGGCUCGUCGAGCCAGCAAUGCGACAGGGAAUCCGGGAUGUGCGUUUGCAGAACAGGAAUCGGGGGCGAGAAAUGCGACAAGUGUUAUCGAGGUUUUUACGGGAACGCGCCCCAGUGCAUACCCUGCGGCGAGUGUUUCGACAAUUGGGACAUCACGCUGACGGAGCUGAAGAACAAGACGGACCUCGUGAUCGAGGAGGCAUCCAGGAUCCAGAAGGUGGGGACCACUGGCGUCUACAGCGAGGAAUUCGACGACAUGGAGGAGUCUUUGGUUCAGGUGAGGGCGUUAAUCAGCAACGCCUCCAUCAGGAGCCAGGAUCUGGACGAGCUGAACGACCUGACCAUAGAGUUGAACAAGAACGUCUCGAAGUCUGGCAAGAAACUGGAAGAAGCGAACAGUCUUCUGGAGAACGUCAGCCAGAGAGUGAACCUAGGCGACGCGGCGCUGAAGAAUCUCAAGAACAGGACGAACAAUCUGCACCAGACCGCCGCCGAUCUCAAAGAAAACGCGACCAGGCUGCAGGAGGGUAACGUGCAAGGCGCUCUGAACGUUACGCAACAAAUGGCGGAGCAGUCGAGGCAGGCGGAGAAAAUGGCGAACGACACCGGGAACGUGCUAGCGGACGCGGAGAGGUUCAGCAAGCACACGGAGACUCUGCUCUCCAAGAACCUCGACUCCGUGAAGAACGCAGGGGAAAUGAACAAAGAGUCCCUGGACGCGAUCGCCCGGAAACUGAAGACGUUCGACGAGAUUAUGCCGGUCUUGAAUCUCGAUAUGUGCGGGGACAAUGUCACGGACUGUAGCAGCGUCUGCGGCGGAGCGGAUUGCGGUUUCUGCGGAGGAUGGUCCUGUAACGAUGGCGCUCUCACGAAGGCCAGCCAAGCUUUGGACGUGGCCAAGAAACAGGCGGAUAAGAUCAAGACUCACAAGGAAGAGGCUGAACAGCUGUUGCGUAACAUGAUUCAAGUGAAGCGAGACGCGAUGACGGCUAGGUCGAACGCCCAGAACGCCUUCAACUUCGCCAGGAACACGCGCAAUCUGUCCGACAGGGUGACGACGGACCUCUCCGACGUGAACAAACGGAUACGAGACUUGCUGGAGGAAGAUCAACCGACGCCAGCGAUGAUCAGAGACCUGGCGAACGAGGUGCUGACCAAGAACAUUCAGCUGAAGCCCGACGAGAUCAAGGACCUGGCGAGCCGCAUAAAGAGCAUCGUGGGCUCUCUGACCGAUUCGGAGAAGAUCCUCGCUGACACCAGGGACGAUCUUAUUCUGGCUACGAAUCUGCAGGAGGAGGCGAACGAGGCCAAGAAGGACGCCAUCGAGAAACAGACUCUGGCCAACAAGGUGGUGGUGUUACUGAACGAGGCUGAGAAAGCUCAGGGUUUGGCGCAGGCGGCGAUCAAUCAGGCGGAACGCGACGUGAAGAGGUCGGAGAAGGACCUGGAGGAGAUCUCUGAGGUGACCAAAGGCGCGCAGAUGCAAGCUAAUAGCACCACGCAGACUGUCGAUGGUUUGGAGACCCGUUUGAGGCAGCUGCAGACGCAGUCCGUGAAGAACAACUACACGCUCACUCAGGUGAUCGGUGAUCAGGCUAGAAACGUGGGCGAGGAGGCAGAGGCCGUCGACGUAAAGACGAGGAAACUCGGGGAGGAUUACAAACGGGUGGACGAGUCGCUGGAUCUGAGAGUGAACAAGAGCAAGGGUAAUAUAUUGAGGGCGAAGGAGUUCCUCCAGAGGGCCUCCAAGCUCACGGCCGACACGUCGACGAAGCUGAAGGAUCUAGACGGCAUGGAGAGCGUGUACAGGGACAACGAGAAGAUGCUGAGCGAUCUGAUGAUCGAGGUCGACACGUUGACCGACGAGAUGGAGAAGCAUCUCAAGGAGAUCGAGCAGAAGGCUCAGCAGUACAGGCAGUGCACAUCUUGAGAGCACGCAAUGAUGAAACGUUGAUCGAAACUUUCGAUUGCUCUUUACGAAAUCGAAGUUCGACGAAUGUUCUUUUCGAACCUUCGUAUUCUUUUGUUUUAACAAGUAACAUUUUUUAUACUCUUUGGAUCCGAAUCUUUCGCAAAGCGUCGGUCUCGAACGCCUUUGAAAAUAUCAACGAGGUCGGUGCUUCGUUAAACAGUUUUUUUUUUAAAGAGAAAGUAUGAAUAUCGCCAUAAAAAUUACGGAGAAGAUGAAACGUAGGGUAUAGACGAAUAAAAUAAAUUUUUAAACGAGAGCAAUACCCUACAAACGUAUCGCGAAUUUAGCUUCGAAUUUGGAGUUAUUUUUCCAGUGCCAUAAUUGCAAACGAAGGGGCCAUUUAAUCGUUAGAGACAUACAGCGUAUGUCUACAACAAAUAUAUAUAUAUUUAUACAAAAAUUUUCGAAAGUUUAACGGAUCGUAUUUUUUAAUUCUCUUUUCCGAAUUUAUCACAGCGUGAAAAUGAUCCAAAACUAUGCAAGAUUUUUUUUUAACAUCGCCAUACUUGUAUUUAUAUUUUUUAUGCCAUGACAUGAAAUAAAUUUGCGACAACGAUGCUUACUUUGAGAACCACUCACGAAAAGGCAAGGAGAAAUUUGCAGAGAGUAUCAUUGAUCGGAUGAGUCAGAGAUGUGUGUUUAAAACGAAUUGAUAAGAGCAUAAAUGCCAUUCCAUCCCGCGUCCUCGGCGUCGCUUGAUUCAAUAGACAGCGCGUUAUUAAAAAUUUGUCGAACUUUUAAAUAAUUCGAUACUAGUAAUCGCUUUCAGUGUCAGCGAUUAUUUAUUAGCGUUUCGUUCGAUUAAAUCGGUGAACCGACCAAUUAAAAUUCCAACGAUUACUAACGUUAUUUUAUUAAUGAUUAUUAUUUAUUUCAAGCGGGCGUUUAAGUUCUUGACAGUACAGUUUGAUCACUAGUCGACGAUUCGGAAAUUAAUAAAUAGCAACUGAAUCAUUUUCAUUGCAACUUAGCACUGCAAAAGCCGAAUAUUACUCGAGAAAAAAGAAAUGACUGAACUAGUUGUAACGCAGAGUUAAGACAUCCACAUCGACAUUUCACGCACAAUAGAUUCGAUCGUUACAAAAUAAGUUUCUGUACUUAUACGGUAUAUUUACGUUUCAUUUAUAAAUAAUAUAUACGAGACACUGUGCAAUAGUUAACGCAAGGUAGAUAGAAUUUUCUAAUUUCAAUAGCCUGUAAAUAUACAAUAUGUCUUUUCGCCAAACUGCAUUUUUUUUUAUACAUGUUCUUUUAAUAAUAAAUAAUAAACGUGUUUACGUGUUUACGAAGGUUUACGUUUAAAUAAAAACUUUUGUAAUAUGAAUUUCAUAUAUUUUUAAUACAUAUAUAUACCCGUAUGAACAACUGCACGCACGUGCAUACGUUUUGUGUUCAGUAUGGGAGAAUUUCAGAGGGAAGUGUAAUGUAUGUUGAAAAUUUGAUAUGAUAUGCGGUUUUUGAAGGUGAAGAAAAUCUGGAGUUAACAAUCGAAGAGAUUCAGGGAGGCGUUGGAAAUAUAUAAAAAAGAAUUCCGUAAUGGAAAAUGAUUAUAGAUAUUUAUAGAUCGAUAUUUUAGUUAUAAUCGACGUAUUGAUAUUGUUAGCGGUGGCCAUUAUCGAAUAUGCGCUCUUGCACGGGCAAAAAAUGGAACAACGCUAUUAUUAAACCAAAAGUUUUUAAUUGUAUUUAAUAAGUAGUUACGUUUAUGCGACGAUAGAGAAUUAUAUAUUAGAGAAAUAAAUAAAAUUGAAAAAUUAAUAA